AUGAACUCGAAGAAAACCAAUUAUUUAUCCAUACUUGAAAGAGAUUUCGACUUACUUGACAGAAAUAAAAAUGGUUGGUUAAAUAAAAAAGAAGUUCAGAACUGUCUUACCUCGUUUGGAUUCGAUCCACGUUAUACUCAGGAGUUCAUGGUACACUUCGAUGUAAACAGUGAUGACAAAAUAACAAAAACAGAAUUCCUUGAAGCCGCGAAACAAAUGAAAAUUGGGAAAAUAACUGAUGCAGAAAUGCGUUCAGCAUUUAGAAGUGCCGAUAAAAAUAAAUCCGGUAAACUCGAUGCCUAUGAGUUGAGGGAUUUUUUGAAAAAACAGAAAAAUGUCGUUUCCAUGGAUCUCUGUACCAAGUGGAUAAGACAGAAUGAUAAAAACGGAGACCAAAAAUUGGAUUAUGAAGAAUUUUUGAAGUUUGUUCAAUCCAUGUUAUGA